AUGGCAGGGACCCAGCUGGAGGAGGAUGUGACCAGAGCCGAGAUCCUGCUGGACGUGGAUGAGGCAGGAAUCCCGCUGGACGUGGAUGCAGAUGGAGCAGAGAUUCUGCUGGAUGUGGAUGCAGCAGGGAUCUCCCUGGAUGUGGACACAGGUGGGACAGAGGUCCCACUGGACGUGGGUGCAGAUGGAGUAGGGAUCCCACUGUACAUGGAGACAGACGGGGCAGGGAUCCCAGCUGACGUGGACGCAGACGGGACAGGGAUCCCACUGGACAUGGAUGCAGAGGGGGCAGGCAGCCCUCUGGAUGGGGCUGGUGUGGGGCAGCCCUGCCUCAGCCUCGAGGAGCUGGGUGACUACUUCCAAGAGUGCAUCGAAGCUGUGGAGCAGCUGGAGAAAGAGAGAGACAACCUGAUCACAGAGCUCUCCCAGCUCCGGGAGCCGGCGCUGCAGGAGAUCCGCCAUGCCCACCAGGAGAUCCAGGCAGCCUGCAGGCUGCUGGCCAAGGUGGAGCUGGAGAGGGACAACCUGAAGGAUGAGAUCCGGCAGAUCAAGCAGAAGCUGUUCAAGGUGACAAAGGAAUGUGUGGCCUGCCAGUACCAGCUGGAGAGCCGGCGGCAGGACCUCUCCCAGCACGCUGCUUACCGGGGAGAGCUGGAGAGCCAGGCUGGGCAGCUCUCUGGUGAGCUGUCCCGGCUGAAGGAGACCUGCGAGAAGGAGAAGGAGGUUUUGAGGCAGCAGCUGGAGGCUCCACCCUGUCGGCAGGAUAACCUGUACCUGCAGGAGAGCUGCCGGCUCUCCAUGGAAGGAGAGGCAGGGGCCAAGGCACUGCAGGAGAUGCAGGGGGAGAUCCAGGGGAUGAAGGAAGCCCUGAGGCCCUUGCAGGGGGAGGUCAGCAGGCUGCGGCUGCAGAACCGGAGCCUGGAGGAGCAGAUUGUCCUGGUGAAGCAGAAGCGGGAUGAAGAGGUCGGGCAGUACCGGGAACAGGUUGAGGAGCUGGAAGACAGGCUGAAGGAGCUGAAGAACGGGGUCCAGCUCCAGCAGCGCAAGAAUCAGGAGCUGGAGGAGCUGAGGACCAGCCUCCACAGGGAGCUCUCCAUCUACAAGGGCUGCUUAGAAAUCUACGGCCACCUUUGCAAGUCAGAAGAAAAAGCAGAGCAGGAGUGUUAG